ACUGCAGCCAGUGCGCACACACGGACACACACAAACUCUCUUCGUCGGCUUUCCUCUGCACGCGAAAGGCUGUCCCACUCAGCGCGCACUCGACGUGACCGUUAUUCUAUUUCGCAAGACACGGGACUGUCCGGGCUCUGAAAAUCAAUCCACACAACAACCCGGUGAACGUUAAUAAACCUCGUCUGACAUCGGUAAAGAAACAACGGGACCGGGCCCACGGCACUGCAUUUCAGCACGCGGACAGAAACACAGAGACAGACAAACCCGGUUCAGGCAUCGGGACUCACGCGCUGCAUGCAAGCCCUGUACGCCGCCUCCGCGCACAGAAUGCAGCAUCCCCUGACGGGAGGAACGUGCGUGGCGAUGCCCAACGUAGACAUGUGUCCUCAACUGUCCUGCGCUGCUCUCACCUUUAUGUACCUCCAGCAGGGUAACCAGGAGGCCCCUCCCCCUCCAGACUCCAGGACUCAGCCGUACCCCUCUGCCCAAUUCGCCCCCCCUCAGAACGGCCUGCCCGCUGAGUUCACCGCCUCACACCCUCACCCUGCGCCCCCCGACUACACAGGACAGCCCCCCGUCAGCGAACACCCCCUCAACAUGUACCCCACUUCACAGAACCACAGUGAACAGAGUGGACAGGACACCAGCAUACAGACCGUCUCAGCCACAGCCACACAGACAGAGGAGGAGUCUCAGACAGACAGUCAGCAGCAGAGCCAGUCGUCUGACAGUUGUAACAGUAAGACUCAACCCAAGCGUCUCCAUGUCUCCAACAUACCCUUCAGAUUCAGGGACCCAGACCUCAGGCAAAUGUUUGGCCAAUUUGGUCAAAUUUUAGACGUUGAAAUCAUUUUUAACGAGCGGGGCUCUAAGGGUUUUGGGUUCGUAACUUUCGAGCAUAGUGCGGACGCUGACAGGGCGCGAGACAAAUUACACGGCACGGUCGUAGAAGGCCGUAAAAUAGAGGUCAACAAUGCAACGGCACGGGUAAUGACCAAUAAGAAGACAGUCAAUCCUUAUGCAAAUGGGUGGAAGUUGAACCCAGUAGUCGGUGCAGUCUACAGUCCAGAGUUCUAUGCAGUACCGGGCUUCCCCUACUCAGCAGCCAGUGCAGCGGUGGCGGCCUACAGAGGGGCCCAUCUAAGAGGUCGAGGGCGUACGGUCUACAACACAUUCAGAGCAGCCGCACCCCCACCUCACAUCCCCACAUACGGAGGUGUUGUUUACCAGGAUGGAUUUUAUGGUGCAGAUAUUUAUGGGGGCUAUGCUGCCUACAGGUAUACUCAGCCUGCUGCCGCCACAGCUGCUGCAUACGGUGACAGAGAUAAUUUGGUCCUCCUUGCAGCAGAUGAAAUGUCUUGUAACACCUCUACAGUUACGGACCAGUAUAUGCUGCGGACCCCUACAACCACCCACUUGCUCCAGCAGCCACAUACAGCAUUGGUGCCAUGAAUCCGUUUGCCCCGUUGGCUGAUGCCAAGACGAGGAGUCAUGCAGACGACGUGGGGCUGGUGUUGUCCUCCCUGCAGGCUAGUAUAUACAGGGGAGGUUACAGCCGCUUCGCCCCAUACUAACCCACCAACCAACCUCCCCACAACCAAACAACAACCAAUUACUACCCUACCAACCAACCAACCUCCCUAAAACCAUACAACAACCAAUUACUACCCUACCAACCAACCAACCUCCCCACAACCAAACAACUUCAAAUCCUUUCUGACAGGGAUACAACCGAGCGACCAACCAACCGACCAACCAACAAACAAACCACACAACCAACAAACCAGUAUGUGAGUGAGACAGACAGAGAGAGAGAGAGAGACAGACAGAGAGAGAGAGAGAGAGACAGACAGAGAGAGAGAGAGAGACAGACAGAGAGAGAGAGAGAGAGAGAGAGACAGAGAGAGAGAGACAGAGAAAUAACUUUGAGGCCUGGGUAUUGCAAUAUAUGCUGUCGAGCAUGAUUUUAGCAGCUCC